UGAAUAUCCCUUUAAGAGACAUUAACUUAAUGUUCUUUAGUUCAACAGAACUGUUGUUGUGGGUGAUGCAAAGCAAAUCAGGAAGUGUUGUUCAGUGUUACACGUUUGAAUACAGGCACAGUCCUGCCUCAACAAUAUGAAGCAGACGCUGAGUGAAGCCCGAAAGGUUUAAAUAGUGCAUCGUUUGAGAAGAUUUGAAGAUGUUUUUGUCAUUGGCUUCCGUCAUCUCUCUUUUGGCUGGCAUUAUUCCUGCUGCCCAUUGUGGGAAAGUUCUGGUGUUUCCACAUGACGGCAGCCACUGGGUGAACAUGAGGGUGCUUGUUGAGGAGCUGCACUCAAGGGGACACACUGUGACUGUCAUCCGGCCGGCAGACAGCUGGUACAUCAGUGAUACGUCUCCACAUUACAAUACUAUCACAGUGGAUAUGGACGGGGGUGCAAAUGAAGAUUUUUUCCGCCUCUUUGUCUCUGAAGUUAUUAAAAUCAAACGAAGCAAGGCAUCUGCAUGGACCCGUUUUGCCUUAGACAUGGAGUUAAAAGACAAAUUCUUUGAACUACAUAAGAAAGUCUGUGAAAUGGUCGUGUACCUAUUAGAAAAUAAAGACAUAAUGAAGUCCAUUCAAGACGCCAAGUACGAUGCAGUUUUAACUGACCCAGCAAAUGGAGGAGGAGUAAUGCUGGCUCACUAUCUCAGUUUACCGCUCAUCUUUAAUGUUCGAUGGACUGUUCAUGGUGAAGCCCAUUUUGCAAUCGCACCCUCCCCGCUUUCAUACGUUCCUCUCCCACCGUCAGAAUUAACAGAUAAAAUGACCUUCUUUGAGAGGGUCAAAAACAUUGUCUUUUACAUCAUGAGGAUGCAUUUGUACAAACAGGUAGUUGGGCCACAUUAUUCUGCAUUGUCCAGCCGCUACUUUGGCCCCGAUGUGGAUUACUUCUCCAUGUUUCAAGCUGCUGACAUCUGGCUGAUGAGAGUGGACUUUGUGUUUGAGUUUCCUCGUCCCACCAUGCCUAAUGUUGUUUAUAUGGGAGGGUUCCAGUGCAAACCAGCAAAACCUCUUCCUGAGCAUCUGGAGGAGUUUGUGCAGAGUUCUGGAGAGCAUGGGGUCAUCAUCAUGUCUCUGGGGACUUUGAUUGGAGAGCUUCCCCAUGACCUAGCUGAGGAGAUCGCUGCAGCGUUUGCUAAACUACCUCAGAAAGUCAUCUGGAGAUACAAAGGUGCCAGACCAGCCACUCUGGGCAACAACACUCUGCUAGUGGACUGGAUGCCACAGAAUGACCUUUUAGGACAUCCGAAUAUGAAACUAUUUAUCAGUCAUGGAGGAACAAAUGGCAUAUAUGAGGCCAUAUAUCAUGGCGUUCCAAUUGUAGGCAUUCCCAUUGUGUUUGAUCAAGCAGACAACCUCUCCAGACUGAGAGCUAAGGGCGUCGCAAAGGUUAUCGACAUUUCUGAAUUGGACAGCAAAACAUUUCAGGAUACCAUCCAGGAAGUCCUGAAUGACCCCUCCUACAGGUCAAACAUGCAGAGACUCUCCAGGCUGCACAAAGAUCAGCCAAUGAAGCCGCUGGAUACCGCCAUCUUCUGGAUAGAGUUUGUCAUGAGGCACAAAGGUGCAGCUCACCUGAGAACAGAGUCUUACAGACUGCCCUGGUACUCCUACCACUCUGUAGAUGUGAUUUUGUUCCUGGCUGGAGCUGUGUUGCUCAUGCUGUUCACUUUUGUCCUUUUCAUCCGGUGUUUGUGCACUACAAUGUGUAAAUCUAAAGUGAAACGUGAGUAAGCAUUCAAGGGAAAGGCAUUGUGCACAGAGAAUACAUUCAUAUGAAAAUAGAGAUGUACAGACUGCCCUUGUUUUUCUACCACUCUGUUAAUGUGAUGCUCUUUUAUAAAUAAAGUUAAGGUAGGAAACACAAUCAAAUCUGAUUGAAUUAAAUAGGGUUUUCCUAGCCAGUUUUACUAAUAUGUAUUGAAAAAGAACAAAAAAAAAACCUUUCCAAUUGGUUAGAAAGAUUGCUCUGAUUCAAGAAAAUAAAAGCCAACACAUCUUUACAAACCAGUGCUUUAUAAAACUUUAUUUUUUAUUAAGAAAAGAGACCAUGCUGAAUUUUAGGGCUGAUUAUUUUAUGAUUUGACCAAAUUCUUACUCUUACUCUUUGUUCUUGAUAAGCAAAUAUGCAAAUAUACAAAUAUGUAUAUUAUACAGGAUUUCCCCUAACUAUGGGCUGUGUUGACACGUACACUAUAAAAAACACUACCCUUUAUCACUCCCUCUUUUGACCUUCCCCUCGUGAAGGGAAAGCAAACAUGAGUGUGAUGAUUAAAGGAUUAAGUCCAAUUCUUAAUGUACCCUCCACACUUGAUACAGAGAGUAGGUCUUGGUAAUGAGAUGAAUGAAGAGGAUAUGUUUGUAUAGAUGUCCAUCAAGUCUUUGCUUUUAUGUAACCAAAGUCUGAUUUUAAAGGUCCUCUUUUAUGUGAAAGCUGUGAGCUGCACGUUGUUUUUAGUUUGUGUAGUUUGGACCUGGAACCAGUUUUUCAAUUGUGUGUAAAUCUCCUUGUCCUAUUCUCACUUCAGCUGUCCCUUAAUAAUUUAAUGCUGAUAUGCCUCUGGAGACUUUUGAAAGUGAAAUUUACGAUAAAAAAAAUAACUGCACAUUUGCCAAAUUACCUCUGAAAGUCACAAGGGUAAUAAACAAGAACAUUUACCAUCA